AUGUGGCGUAAGUUUCUGGGCCAAGAAGACAAUGAACAGCUGGAGUCGUCUCAACUAGAGGAAGCAACUGAGAGCGCCGGGAAGGAUACUCCCAAUACCAACCAAAGAGAGAAAUUGAUAAUGGCAGAGCAGGAGCUGAAAUCGAUGAUCCACAAGCGCGGUCUGGUGAAGGGUAAAGUGACCCGAAUCUGGACAGCUCUUCAGACCCAACCAGGACAAGAGCUGACAAUAUCCCAACAACAGUUACGUGUUCAUGCAAGAAAUAUCGAGAAGUAUUACAACGAAUACAACGAUGUUAACGACAAGAUCAUUUCGUUAAUACCUGACAAUCAGGUAGAAGCGCAUGAGGCAAAAAUUAUUGAAUUCGAAGAUGUUUACAACAACACACUAGUGCUCAUCGAAACGCUUCAAGAUGCUCAAGUCCAGCAAGAAAACCAGCAUAUUGGAGCGGUCCCGAUAAACCAACCACAGUAUGUAAUUCAUCAACAAUCGCUGAAAGCUCCUUUGCCCACGUUUAAUGGAACAUAUGAAAACUGGCCAAAGUUCAAAUCAAUGUUCGUGGAUUUGAUGAGGAACUCGCCAGAUUCUGAUGCUGUGAAAUUGUUCCAUUUGGAAAAGGCCUUGGUUGGAGAAGCUGAGGGCAUCCUGGACGCCAAGACUAUCCAGGACAAUAACUACCAGCAAGCCUGGAGGAUCCUGGAAGAGCGGUACGAAAAUAAGCGUCGGAUCAUCGAUAUCCAUAUCGAAGGAAUUUUGCAAAUGAGGAAGAUUGCGAAGAAAUCAUCGAGAGACUUACGUGAACUGCUUAAUGAGUGUACAAGGCAUAUCGAAAAUUUGCGGUUCCAUGGUCAGGAUCUAACCGGCGUGUCCGAGUUGAUAGUGGUGCAUAUCCUAUCUUCGUGUUUGGACAACGAAACUCGCGAGCUAUGGGAAGGAACCAUCGAACACGGUGAACUUCCGGAAUAUGAAGAGACAGUAGAGUUCCUGAAGAAGCGAUGUCUUGUGCUUGAGCGCUGUGAAAUGAACAACCCAGUAAUGUCAAAUUCCAAGCCGGCCGUGUCCAAGGUCUCAACGCUGGGAAAAGGUUCCGUGAAAGUGUCAGCUGCUGCAUCAACGAGCAAUGAAAUUGUGUGUGAACUGUGUGGGGGAGCUCAUUUGAACUUCAAGUGUAGUGUAUUCCGAAAUAUGAAUGUUGCUCAAAGAUAUGAAAAAGCGAAACAAGCAAAUGUCUGCUUUAACUGUUUGCGAAAAGGACAUCGCAGUGCGGCGUGUACAUCGGAGCGCAGCUGUUCCAAAUGUAGUGCUAGGCAUCAUGGGAUGUUGCAUCCAGAAGAGCAACUAUCUCAAUCGUUGCCUUCUAAGCAGGAAGAUAAGGCGAAUGUCAGUAUUGUUCAGACUACUGCGUCUGAUGAACCUACAAUUUCCUCUCCGGUGGAAUCGGACAUCAGGAAUACUGCGUCGGUGACAACAUCGUGCUACGGCGGAGGAGCGCUGCAGCCAACCAAACAAGUGCUAUUGCAAACUGCAAUCAUCGACGUUGUGGAUCAGCAUGGUCAGUUGCAUCCAUGCCGAGCAUUGUUAGAUUCCGGUUCACAAGCUCACAUUCUGUCGGAAUCAAUGGCGCGGAUUCUCGGAUUGCCAGUCACCAAAUGCAACAUUACGAUUGUUGGAGCGAACGCCGUGAAGACACAGUCAAGGAAGGGAAUGAAUGUUGAGUUCUUGUCAAGAUAUUCCAACUACCGGGACCGCAUUGAGUGCUUGGUAUCGGAGCGUCCAACCGGGACAGUACCCGCAGCAACAAUCAGCGUAAAGGAACUGAACAUUCCCCGUGAAAUAAAACUUGCUGAUCCACGUUUCUUUGAGCCAAACGAAGUGGAUCUCAUCUUGGCUUCAAAUUACGUCUGGGACCUGCUCCGAUCAAGUACAGUCAAACUGUCCAACGGCACGACUUCGCUGCGUGAAACUGAUUUGGGAUGGAUCGUGACUGGUACGUUUGAUCCUUAUAAUCAGGUGAGUCAAUCCAUGUUGCUAUCUAAUGUUACGUUACAAGACCCAUUGGAACGUGCUAUCGAGAAGUUUUGGAUAGUCGAAGAGAUUGUCAACUCCUCACCACAUACCAACGAAGAAGCUGAAGUUGAAACUCACUUCCUCGAAACAUAUCGUCGAGACGCCACAGGAAGGUUUGUCGUUCAAAUGCCUUUCAAGGAUACAGUCAGUGAGCUGGACGACAAUCGAGAACUUGCUUUGAUAAGGUUUCAUCAGCUCGAGAAGAGACUGUUACGCAAUCCAGAAUUGAAGCGACAAUACACAGCGUUCAUUGACGAGUAUGAGGCUCUUGGGCACUGUAAAGAGAUUGACGAGAAUAAGGACGUAGCAGGUAAAGGAAGUUAUUACUUACCGCACCAUGCGGUUCUGAAACCAUCCAGUUCUUCGACAAAGCUGAGGGUGGUUUUCAAUGCCAGUUCAAAAUCUGGUAAAUAUUCGCUAAACGAAGUCUUGAAAGUUGGACCAACUAUCCAGAACGACUUGUUCUCUAUCUUGCUGCGGUUUCGCUGCUACCUGUACGCCUUUUCUGGUGAUGUUGCCAAAAUGUAUAGGCAGAUCGAUAUAGAUGCCAACCAGACUACCUUUCUGAGAAUCUUCUGGAGGGCAAAUCCAACGGAGGCCCUUCGGGUGCUGGAACUGACCACGGUCACGUACGGAACAUCGUCGGCACCCUACCUGGCCACUAGAUGUUUGGUUCAGCUGGCGGAGGAGGAAAAAGAGCGAUUCCCGGUGGCUUCAGAAAUGGUGAAGAAUGAUGUUUACGUGGAUGAUCUGCUGUCAGGAGGAGAUACGGAAGAAGAAGCCGUCGAUCGUCAGCGAGAAGUAACGGAACUGCUGGCUGAAGGCGGGUUCCCGAUAAGGAAGUGGAGCUCGAAUUCGCCGGAAGUGUUGAAAAAAUGUGCCUGA